UCGUUUAAAAAAUUCAAAAAACUGAUUUCGAAAUGCAAACCACUUCAAACGUACAUUACAUCAUCCCAAAAUCUCUCUCAAAAAUCAUCGCACGCUCUUUCUCUCGCUCUCUCGUACUCCUCAGAGAAAACCAUACUACUCUCCCUCUCCGCUCUUCUUCUCUCUCUAAUAUUGUUUUUAUUCAGAGAUCGUUUGAUAUAUAUAUAGAUUGUUGCAAUGUCGGAGGAUGAGAAAUUGUUGAAGGAAGCGAAGAAACUUCCAUGGGAGGAUCGACUGAUGCACAAGAACUGGAAGGUCAGGAACGACGCCAACAUCGACCUCUCCUCCGUUUGCGAUUCCAUCACCAAUCCCAAGGAUCAUCGUCUCCGUGAAUUCGGGCCGUUUUUUAGGAAGACUGUUGCGGAUUCUAAUGCUCCGGUUCAGGAGAAGGCUCUCGAUGCCCUAAUUGCCUACUUGAAAGCUGCCGAUGCUGAUGUAGGAAGAUAUGCUAAAGAAGUAUGUGAUGCGAUUGUUGCAAAAUGCCUGACGGGUAGACCGAAGACAAUCGAGAAGUCGCAGAUGGUGUUUAUGCUGUGGGUAGAAUUGGAGGCUGUGGACGUUUUCCUGGAUGCUAUGGAGAAAGCUAUUAAAAACAAAGUUGCUAAAGCGGUUGUUCCAGCAAUUGAUGUUAUGUUUCAAGCUUUAAGUGAAUUUGGGUCAAAGAUAUUACCCCCUAAAAGAAUUUUGAAGAUGCUGCCUGAACUCUUUGAUCACCAAGACCAACAUGUUCGUGCUUCAUCCAAAGGAUUGACACUUGAGCUUUGCCGUUGGAUUGGGAAAGAACCGGUGAAAUCAAUAUUGUUUGAGAAAAUGCGGGAUACAAUGAAAAAAGAGUUGGAGGCUGAGCUUGUCAAUGUUAGCGGGACAGCUAGACCGUCUCGCAAAAUAAGGUCUGAGCAAGACAAGGAGACAGAGCAAGAACCUAUUUCUGAAGUCAUGGGCUCUGGUCCUCCCGAAGAAUCUGUUGCGAAUGCUCCUCAGGAAAUUGAUGAGUAUGAACUCGUUGAUCCUGUUGAUAUAUUGACUCCUUUGGAGAAGACAGGCUUUUGGAAUGGAGUGAAAGCUGCCAAGUGGUCAGAUCGAAAAGAGGCUGUUGCCGAGCUAACCAAGCUCGCUUCGACAAAAAGGAUAGCUCCCGGUGAUUUCACAGAAAUCUGUCGAACUCUUAAGAAGCUCAUUAUAGAUGUGAACAUAGCUGUUGCAGUUGAAGCUAUCCAGGCAAUUGGGAAUCUUGCUAGGGGCCUAAGAACCCAUUUCUCUGGAAACUCACGCUUCUUAUUACCCGUUUUACUUGAAAAACUGAAGGAGAAAAAGCCUACUUUGACUGAGGCACUUGCUCAAACUCUCCAAGCGAUGUACAAGUCUGGGAGCUUGAAUCUUGCAGAUAUUUUUGAAGAUGUGAAGGCAGCGUCAAAAAACAAGGUUCCGCUUGUGCGCUCAUUGACUUUAAACUGGGUCUCAUUUUGUAUUGAGACUAGCAACAAGGCUGUCGUUCUCAAAGUGCACAAGGAAUAUGUUCCGAUAUGCAUGGAGUGCCUCAACGAUGGGACUCCAGAGGUGAGGGAUGCAGCCUUUUCCGCUUUGGCCGCAGUGGGUAAGUUGGUUGGCAUGAGGCCUUUAGAAAAAUUGUUGGAGAAACUUGAUGAUGUUAGAAGGAAAAAGCUUUCAGAAAUGAUUGGGGGUUCUGGAGCUGGUUCAGUUGGUACAAGUUCAGUUGCAGUCCAAACUUCCAGUGGAAACAUUUCUUCUGUGGAGGCUUCAGAAGGAUCAUUCACCAGAAGGUCAGCAGCAAGCAUGCUUAGUGGGAAAAAGCAUGUUCAAGCAGCUCCUGCUAGUAAGAAAGGAGGGGCUGUAAAAUCAGGUGUCAAUAAAAAAGGAGAUGCUGCCGGUCAAUUAAAAACAUCAAAACCAGUUGAACGUGAAGAUGUUGAGCCAGCUGAUAUGACUCUUGAAGAGAUUGAAAGCAGAUUAGGUUCUAUUGUGCAAGCAGAUUCUGUUUCAAAAUUGAAGAGUGCUGUAUGGAAAGAGCGGCUGGAAGCAAUUGUCUCAUUUAAAGAGCAAGUGGAAGGGAUAGAGGAACUCGACCGGUCAGCAGAGGUCUUAAUCCGUUUACUCUGUGCUGUUCCUGGAUGGAGUGAGAAAAACGUUCAGGUCCAGCAACAGGUUGUUGAUGUUAUCACCCAUAUAGCUGCAUCUGCAUCCAAGUUUCCGAAAAAAUGUGUUGUUCUUUGCCUUCUUGGCAUAAGUGAGCGGGUUGCAGAUGUCAAGACCCGUGCUCAUGCCAUGAAGUGCCUUACUACUUUUUCUGAAGCUGUAGGCCCAGGAUUUAUUUUUGAAAGACUUUUCAAAAUCUUGAAGGAGCACAAGAAUCCCAAAGUUCUUAGUGAGGGCAUUUUAUGGAUGGUUUCUGCAGUUGAAGACUUUGGUGUUUCACACUUGAAACUUAAGGAUUUAAUUGACUUUUGCAAAGAUACCGGUUUGCAAUCGAGUGCUGCUGGCACAAGAAAUGCCACUAUUAAACUAAUUGGUGCUUUACAUAAGUUUGUUGGUCCAGAUAUCAAGGGAUUUCUUGCAGACAUCAAACCUGCUCUUCUUAGUGCACUUGAAGCAGAGUAUGAAAAAAAUCCAUUUGAGGGUGCAUCUGCAGUUCCAAAGAAAACUAUAAAGGUAUUGGAAUUCACAUCAUCAUUGUCUGGUGGUGGGCUAGAUAGCCUACCACGUGAAGAUAUUAGUGGAAAGAUUACACCUAUGUUGCUGAAGGGCUUUGAAAGUACUGAUUGGAAGGUUCGUUUAGAAUCAAUUGAAGCUGUAAAUAAAAUCUUGGAAGAGGCCAAUAAACGCAUCCAACCAACGGGAACUGUGGAGUUGUUUGGUGCUCUGAGAGGGCGCCUCUAUGACAGCAACAAAAAUUUAGUAAUGGCAACUUUGUCUGCUGUUGGUGCUGUUGCAUCUGCAAUGGGACCAGCUGUUGAAAAGUCUAGCAAGGGUAUUCUAUCAGAUGUUUUGAAAUGCAUUGGUGACAAUAAAAAGCAUAUGAGAGAAAGCACUUUGACUACUCUAGAUUCUUGGCUUGCUGCUGUUCAUCUUGACAAAAUGAUGCCUUGCCUUACUGCUGCUCUAAUGGACGCUAAGCUUGGUGCUGAAGGGCGCAAGGACCUUUUUGAUUGGGUAUCAAAGCAACUGAGCGGAUUAAAUGAUAUGGUUGAUGCCAUACAUCUCCUAAAACCAACUGCUUUUGCUAUGAUGGAUAAAUCAGCAGAAGUUCGUAAAGCAGCAGAAGUAUGCAUUGGUGAAAUUUUGAGAGUUUGUGGGCAAGGAACAGUGUCUAAGAAUAUGAAAGAUAUUCAUGGACCCGCCUUAGCUAUUGUUCUUGAACGACUGAAGCAGUAUGGGGCUUUCCAAGAAACAUUUGAAUUGGCAAAGGAAAUAUCGACUGGGCUGACAUCCAAAAGUAGCUCAAAAGUUGGAAAAUCUAGCUCUAAUGGUCAUGGUGAUUGUUUACCAAAGCAUGGAAGCAGGCCUGUUUCUUCGAGAAUUGUUUCAACAAAGGUCUCGCGGCCGGAAUCAAUUAUGUCUCUGCAUGAUAUCACCAUUCAGUCUCAAGCUUUGUUGAAUGUCAAGGAUUCGAGUAAGGCCGACAGGGAGAGAUUGGUUGUCCGCAAGUUUAAAUUUGAAGAGCCACGGUUUGAACAAAUACAUGAUCUUGAGAAUGAUCUUAUGAAGUAUUUCAGAGAGGAUUUGCAUAGGAGGCUUCUGAGCACAGACUUCAAGAAGCAAAUUGAUGGAAUUGAGAUGCUGUAUAAGGCACUUCGAUCCAUUGAAAAGGAAAUAGUUGAAAUUCUGGAUAUUCUUCUCAGGUGGUUUGUUUUGCGUUUCUGUGAAUCUAACACAACAUGCCUACUGAAGGUACUUGAAUUUCUUCCUGAACUUUUUGAUACGUUAAGGAGUAAGGGUUACAUGAUGACGGAGUCAGAAGCGGCCAUUUUUCUUCCUUGCUUGAUUGAGAAGUCUGGACAUAACAUUGAGAAAGUACGAGAAAAAAUGCGAGAAUUGAUUAAACAAAUCAUUCAUGCAUUUUCAGCAGCAAAAACUUUUCCUUAUGUCUUGGAGGGUUUGCGUUCCAGAAACAAUCGAACCCGGAUUGAGUGUGUGGAUCUUGUUGGAUUCUUAAUUGAUAACCAUGGAGCAGAGAUUGUGGGGCAGUUGAAAUCCUUGCAGCUUGUUGCAAGCCUAACAGCAGAACGAGAUGGUGAAAUUCGGAAGGCUGCUUUAAAUACUCUAGCUACAGGUUAUAAGAUCUUUGGUGAUGACAUAUGGAGAUAUGUUGGAAAGCUGACAGAAGCUCAAAGGAGCGUGUUAGAUGAUAGAUUUAAAUGGAAGGCCCGAGACAUGGACAAAAGGAAUGAGGGAAAACCUGGAGAAGCAAGGGAUGUUUUUAGGCGUUCUGUUAGGGAAAAUGGGUCUGAUGCAGCAGAACAAAGUGGUGAAGUUUCACGGUCUGUAUUUGGCCCAAUCAUUACUAGGGAGAAUUUUGCCCAUUCUGAGCUUGGCAUGGCGAGGCAUUCAAUUCCCCAAACAAUUGCUAGUGCACAUGGCCCUACUGACUGGAAUGAAGCCCUUGAAAUCAUUGAAUAUGGCCCCCCUGAGCAGUCUGUUGAAGGAAUGAAAGUUGUCUGCCAUGAGUUGGCUCUGGCAACCAGCAAUCCUGAAGGCACUGCAAUGGAUGACAUUGUGAAAGAUGCUGAUAGACUUGUUUCAUGCUUAGCUAAUAAGGUAGCCAAGACAUUUGACUUUUGUCUUACAGGAGCCUCUUCAAGGUCUUGUAAAUAUGUCCUCAACACACUGAUGCAGAUAUUCCAAAAUAAACGAAUUGCACAUGCUGUCAAGGAGAGUACACUUGAUAGUCUCAUCACUGAGCUUCUGCUUUGGCUUUUGGAUGAAAGGGUUCCCCAGAUGGAUGAUGGAAGCCAACUCCUGAAAGCGUUGAAUGUCUUGAUGCUAAAAAUCCUGGAUAAUGCUGAACGUACAUCAUCAUUUGUUGUACUGAUUAAUCUCUUACGUCCAUUGGACCCCUCAAGGUGGCCAUUACCAACCUCAAAUGAGUCUUUUGCCGUUAGAAAUCAGAAGUUCUCUGAUUUGGUUGUCAAAUGUCUGAUCAAGCUCACAAAAGUUCUUCCAAGUACUAUAUAUGAUGUCGACCUUGAUCUUAUCCUUCAAAGUAUCCACGUGUACUUGCAAGAAUUGGGAAUGGAAGAAAUCAGGAGAAGAGCUGGAGCUGAUGACAAACCAUUGCGUAUGGUGAAAACUGUUCUACACGAGCUUGUUAAGCUUCGUGGCACUGCAAUAAAAGGCCAUCUUUCCAUGGUUCCUAUAGACAUGGAACCUCAGCCUAUUAUUCUUGCCUACGUUGAUCUUAAUCUUCAGACUCUGGCUGCUGCAAGAAUGUUGACUCCAUCCGUUCCUGUUGGCCAAAUUCAUUGGGGUGAUUCAGUAGCCCACAACCCGUCACCUGCCACUCACUCUGCCAAUGCACAAUUGAAGAAAGAACUCGCUGCAAUUUUCAAGAAAAUUGGUGACAAGCAAACUUGCACCAUUGGUUUAUAUGAAUUACACCGUAUCACUCAAUUAUAUCCCAAGGUUGAUAUAUUUUCUCAACUUCAAAAUGCUAGUGAGGCAUUCCAAACGUACAUUAGAGAUGGUUUAGCCCAGAUGGAGAAGAAUGCAGCAGCGGGAAGGACACCUUCAAGUUUACCGUUGUCAGCUCCUCCCCCGGUUUCCAUAAACCUUUCCCCGAAGUGUGCUCCCUUAUCACCUCUACAUACAGAUCCACUCAAUGCAAAAUCUCUAAACACUAAAGUUGAACCCACAAAUGUUAGUUUACCUUCAUCGUAUGUUGAAGAUGAGAGGGUUGUUAAUGCCGUCAAUUCAAGAGGACCCACUUCUGAUAACUCGGAUCUACUGAAGUAUUUGGGUGACCAAAGGAAUGAUAGAUUUCCACCAGGAGUGACAGCAGUUACUAGUGGGACGUUAGAUGCAAUAAGAGAGAGAAUGAAGAGCAUCCAGUUAGCAGCAGCUUCUGGGAACCAGGAUUCCGGGAACAGACCAUUAACGCACAUGAACGGAAAUUUAGCCCACAGCCUCUCUAAUUCUCAUGCUUUGGACUGUGAUAAUGCCGAAAAUCCUAUACAAAGCGGGGUUCUUCCUAUGGAUGAGAAGGCAUUGUCUGGGCUACAAGCCCGGAUGCAGAGACUUAAAAGUGGGUCGAUUGAACGUCUUUAAGGACACAGCUGGAGGACACGGUGCAAUUUGUAAUCGUGUCAUGGGAUGCAAAUCUUGUAAAUGAAGAGGUUUGACGCUCGCAUGUAAUUAUGGAGCAGUUGUGUGUAUAGAUGUUAUAUGCAUAUUCUUCUUGGUGCAAUGAAACUUGGAUUGAAGUUUGUAGUCUUCCAUUUCUGGGGCAGAGAUGUAGCCAAGUUAGGAGAUGAUUUGAUAGUAGUUGAUAAUGUAGCACAAAUGUGAGUUUAACAAUUUUUGUUUUGUAUAUUUCUCAGUGUUAGUUUUGUUCUGUUCUGCAAAACUUCUUGUAAUGUUGUCUUGAUUUAUUCGAGGAUUUCGAAUGUUUCUUAGAAACUGCCAUUGUAUUAUUGCCCA